GAUUCAGCUGCGGUCUACCUAUGGCGAAAUCUCUUACUGGGAGGUCUCAGCUGUGACUGACAUGAGUGGCCUCUUCGAAGACCUCCUAGCUUUCAAUGAAAACAUUACAGCCUGGAAUACGACGUCCAACAUUGACCGGAUCUUCCAUGGCGCAUCUUCCUUCCACCGGCCACCAUGUCCGGCAGGGUCUGCCCCUGCAGGUAACGGACUUGGCUGCAAGAUCUGUGACAUGGGGCACUUUGCCGCAGAAGGCUCCAGUCACUGUGAGGCCUGCAGCAAAGGCUCGAUUCCAUCCUCAAGCGGCGCAACUUGUCAGGACUGCCCACCAGGCACAGUCUCCAAGGCAGGUUUUUGCCAGCCGUGCCAGUUUCCCUUCUUGCUCCAAGAGGACGGCUGUGAGUUAUGGCCCUUUCUGGUGGUGACCGUUGGCGUCACCUUUGUCAUGGUUUCGGUCCGCUUCUUGUUGGUCUGCCGCCGUUCCAGGAAGGCGGCCAAGGUGGAAGCCACAUUGGAUACUGGGCGCCGAAAUGGUUUCAACGCGGACAAGAUGUACCAGGACUUAUGGGAGGAGUUUCCAGAGAUUGAGAGGCAUAGAUCUGCUUUGCAGAGGAUGGGCAUGACAGAUACGGAGAUUCAGAAACAGGUGCAAGACAUGAAGGCACGCCAGAGCGAAACAGCAGGAGUAAGUCCUCGAUACCUUCUCUCCGACAGCUUCGCAUCAUUGGCAUCACAGCGAAGUGGUAAGGCGGAUCCAGACUUCAAUGACAUGAAGGAUGCCUUCUGGCUAUGUGAUGAUCCACUAGGUCAAGAUGUCAACUGCCCACGAGAUGGUCGCCCGGGCUGUGCGCUCGUGGAUUGGAUGCCAAGACUGGAGCGAGGGCAACAAACACAUUUCAUUUCCUGGACUUGGCGGUACAAGCUGUCGCAAAUACAUAGCGCAGUGGCAGUCUUCCAGUCAGAGUCGACAAGCGACGCCUUUUUCUACAUGUGUUUUUUCGUCAACAACCAGCAUCGGAUUUUGCUGGAGGCAUCCGGAGUGGGAAGCGAGGAACUGGAGAACAUUUUCGAAAGCAACCUUACACGCGUAGGCCAGAUGGUAGCAAUUCUCGAUACUUGGGACCAGCCUACAUACCUCACUAGGAUAUGGACCGUCUACGAGCAGUUUGUGGCCACCAAGCUCAACAUCCCAGUGACAUUUAUUAUGCCAAGGGCGGCAAUGGAUUCCGCCCAAGAUCAAAUGUUGCGAGGUGAAGAUGGCAUACGGCGUCUUACCGAGUCGCUUAGCAACGUUGACUCCGAACAUGCAGAGGCAUGGAAGAAGGAAGAUGAGGCCAAAGUGAAAGGACUCAUUCGUGACACGGUGGGCUUCCAGCACGUCAACAGCCACGUGAGGCAAGUCAUGGUGCAAUGGAUCUUGGCAGUUGUGAAGCAGCAACUGGAAGAGCGAAUUGAGAGGGCACAGGAAGUGGUCAAGGAGGUGACCCGAACUAAAUCGGGCUCGGAGCGCUUUGGGAUGGGUGCUCGUAUGUAA